AGCUAGGUUUGCCAAAUCAAAGAGCCAAACACGGCUUCUGAAAAAAAUUCUCUUCUCUCUCUCUAGUUUUUGCAACUCAAAUGGCGGCAAUCUCUUCUAGGAGAUCAACGACCGGCCCUGUGGUUCGUUCUCUCUCACCUUCUGGAAGAUUCUACAAUUCUCAUUACACAUCGUCACCUUCUUCAUCCUCUGCUUUCGCGUCCUCAACCUCAGGCUUCUCUUCUAGAUCCUCUCCGUUCUUCACCAGAUCUGCUUCUCCGACACGUGUCAAUCUCUACGGUAACAACAGACCGAUUCAGUCCACCGCAGCGCAUUCCGUCCGGUUCGUAUCGCCUAACCGCGCUAUCACUUCUUCUCAUAACAUAAACAACAGUCAAGUUCAAGUACAGGUUUUGAAAAAUCAAGCUAAACCGAAGAGGACGUGUAUGUGUUCUCCUACGACGCACCCUGGCUCUUUCCGAUGCAGCCUCCACAAAAAUUUUAAUUCGUCACAGUCACAGGUUUCCAAUUACUCGCCAAACAAUCGGCUACAUGCUAGGAGAUCGGCUAUGACAAAUUCGCUGGUUAGGAUUGGAGGGGUAGAAGGAGAUUUGGUGAAGAGAGCUUUGUCGGCUUUGAUUCGGCCGUCUUCUCAUCAGCAAAGACGGCGCGCUGCUUUCCAGCCUCGGCGAAGCCGCUUAUCUGCCAUGUCCAAAGCUGAGGAUGAUUUAUGAUCGAAGAUCGAACUACUGGACUUGGACUCAAUAUUUUUGUAGUGUAUAUAUGGAAAUAUUAUAUAGAAUUAUAAUAUCAAAAAUCAAGCCAAUUUAUUUUGAGUC